AGAAUGACACAUAAGCUUUUAAUAUAAUUAUACUUAUGAGACCAUGAAAAAAAAAGUAUGAAAAUAUAACCGACAAAAAAAAUAGUAAUAUACAAAUAACAUUCUAAAACAACCGUGGAAACGAAGAAAUAAAUAAACUCAAUUCAGGGAGACAGCCGAUUGCACACCAUCGAGGUUACGGUCUAGACUAGACUAGACUAGACGAGCUCCGCGGAGAUCACAUGACCACAGCACUGUCAUGGCUGCUUCCACAGUGCUCAGGAAAAGCAUGGGUCUGACUUUGACAAUAAGAACCGUUUCUAACAUCCCGAAUCUUUCAGACUGGGCUAGACUGAAGCACUGCAGGCACUUACAACACUCGACAAGUGGGGCAAGAUGUCAAACGGCUUGCAGGAGUCUGCACACGUCGGCGGGUCUGUGCCACAGUGACGAGGAAGGGGCGGAGCGAGAACGCGGCAAGGAUGUGGUGAACGUUGUGUACGUGGACCGGUCAGGACGGAGGAUUCCAGUGAAGGGGAGAGUGGGGGACAACGUGCUUUAUCUAGCUCACAAACAUGGCAUUGAGCUGGAAGGUGCGUGUGAAGCCUCACUAGCGUGUUCUACGUGUCACGUGUAUGUAAGUGACAGGCACCACGGUAAACUGCCAGAACCAGACGAAAGAGAAGACGACAUGCUCGACAUGGCUCCCCUGCUCCAGGAGAACUCUCGUCUGGGCUGCCAGAUAAUCCUGACUCCUGAGCUGGAGGGCAUGGAGCUCACCCUGCCCAAAAUCACACGCAACUUCUACGUGGACGGACACACGCCCAAGCCACACUGACCGGCCGAGGGGACGGGGGACAGGGGGUGCUACAGGGGCUUGGCGGUCAUCUGCUGGUCAGUGGCCACCACAGCUUCAGAGGGCAAGGCGAUGGACCUUCAGUACAGCAUUGCAGAGGUCCUGGCGUCUGGAUCGGAAUGGAAAGAUGCACGUUUAUUAAUGCGUGGCUUUGUUUCCUGUUUAUGGGCAACCCUCCCGUUUUUUGUAUCCUCAGUUCAAAUGAUCUGCUGCCUCUCAGUUUGCACCAGGGGUCAGUGGCUUAAUUGAUAAGGUCAGAUUUGCUGCCUGAUUACAAGAAGGAGACCAAGCUUGAAUUCUCUUUUAUAUAUAUAUUUUUUAAAAAACAAACACUUCCAGAGUAUUUAAACUCUGUUCUCUUAACUGGAAUUAGCUUCAGGUCUGCUUGCUAACCCUGUACGCUUUGUCAGCAAGGUCAGCCCACCCUGUGCACCCUCUGGGGAACGUACCGUUUUAGUAUCAAAGGCUGAGAGGAAUUCAAACUGUGUUGGCUUUGAUUUGGCAGUGCCCUGUCCCGAACACUUUAACCCAUUAGGGGCGGUCCGCCACAGCUGUUUACUUAGCGUGAAAUGAAAUGGUAAGCAUGGUCUGCUUCAAGAAUUCGAGGUGCAGGGACGCUAGAGCGACACCGUGGUCAGGGGGCUGACUUACAAGAGAGGGUUCAUUUGCAUUGACUUACCUUAGCCUGGUACUAAAACACCUCUCUGUUUUUGAAUCAUCC